AAAGCCCCGGAAAAUAUGCGAACUAAUUUUGAAAUAAUUCAGGCUGGCCAAUAGAAAGCCUGCGAAACGACGCGGUACAUUCCGCGCCAUAAUUAUUAAUUAUGCCGUUCUGACAGUUUGCGCUUCACGUUAUUUGCUUCUUGUAUUUGCUUUAUUUUACGUUUUCCGUCUCCAGUUUAUACAAACUCGUCUUUUUCAAGACGCAUAUAGCUUGGAUCUACGAUCUGAUAAGAAGUCCUAAAUCAUGAGUUUGGAGAGGAAACUUGUUCACUCUGAAGCUCGUAAUAUAAUCCGUAAAGUGGUCGAAUUCUUUGAUCGACAAAAAGAUGCAGGUCGUUGGAGUUUUCCUUUAGAAAAGGCAACCGAGUUAGCUGCCGCUGCAGUUGGGAAGUCAGUUAGUUUUAUAAAACAAAUUCGCAAAGAAUCGGAUGAAGCUGGGCCCUCCAAGUUAAAAUCUCCUAAGAAAAAACGUCACGUGGAGCCAACAAACAAGAUCGAUUUUGAUGAAGCUGAUCAGUGUAUUUUACGAAGAACUGUCCAAGAAAUGUAUACAGUUGAACGUAAGGUACCAACUUUGAAUGUGCUCGUAGAAAAAAUGCAAGAGAAGAUCAACUAUACGGGUGGAAGGGAAACUCUUCGCAAGCAAUUGUGGAAACUUGGUUUUCGGUACAAGAAGUGUCAUGACAAACGUAGGUUGUUAAUGGAAAGAAGUGACAUCGUAGCAUGGCGUUCUCGUUAUUUAAGAAGAUUAAGAGAAAAUGAACAACGUGAAGGUGACAAGAGACCCGUUAUAUACUUGGACGAAACCUAUAUCCACCCAUCGUAUGGAGUGAGUAAAUGCUGGCAAUCAGAUGAAGUAUCGGGAGUUUAUAAAUCCAAUAGGGCUGGUCAGAGGUACAUCAUAGUCCAUGCUGGUGGUCAUUCUGGAUUUGUAGAGGAUGGUUUGUUGAUAUUUAAGUCGCACAGUAAAUCGGGGGAUUAUCACGAUGAUAUGAAUCAUACUAACUUUAUGCAGUGGUUAGAGAAGCAGCUGAUACCAAAUUUACCAGCAAACUCAAUUGUGGUUAUGGAUAACGCACCCUACCAUAGUGUUCAAAUAAAUAAGCCGCCAACAAUGAAUAAUCGUAAGGAAGUGAUACGAUCUUGGUUAGACGCAAACAACAUUAGUACGACAGAAGACAUGCGGAAGGCCGAGUUGUUAAUGUUAGUAAAGAACAUUUCUCACAGCAAGACAUAUUAUGUAGACGAACUACUCAAACAACAUCAACACACCGUUGUACGAUUGCCACCAUAUCACUGUGAGCUUAAUCCAAUCGAGCUAAUUUGGAGUACUAUGAAGAGGAAAGUAGCUAUGAAUAAUGUCGGGCAAAGUAAUAGUAAUAUUGUUCAAUUGGUAAAAAAUGCUUGUGCUGAAAUUACGCAACAGGAAUGGGAAAAGCAUUGCAUUCAUGUGAAACAUAUUGCAGAACAAAUGUGGGAAGCUGAUUGUUUAACAGAGGAAUUUAUUGAGAGCGUAGAAUUUGUUGUGAACACCGGGAGUUCUGAUGAGGAUGAGUUGUCAAGAGAUGAUAAUGAAUGA